UCCCGUCUAGUUUCAAGCUCAUCUCCGUCCCUGUCUGUUACCUCUCACACGGAGGCCCCGUCACGUUUUCAUUCCAUCAACUGCCAGUUCAUCUCCACUGUCACUGGAAUAUAAUCUCCGUUGGUAUCCGGAAGUACCUUGUGUUAUGUAUGCACAGAGGGUGAUUCAUAAUGGUUGGCAAUCAAGUGGAAGUUGUGAAUGGCUAAUGUGCUAAAGUUAUUAUCUGCCUCCACUCAGCUGAUGCCUCUGUGCACCUUUUGUUCGGAAAUUUUACAAUUUUGACGUUUUUCCGAGUUGAUUUGAAUAAAUGGAGGAAUGGAUGGGACAUUAUUAGGGGUUAGUUUAUGCUCGGAUGUAUAUUCUGGAUUUUAUAUGCGGUAAUGUGCGGGGGUGAGACCUCAAGCAUGCAUAUGUGCCCUGGUGGAAGGCUGUAUCACGCCCGUAACUCUGGUACACUGCCAAGUUGUAAAGGAGUGUUGAUAAAUUUAUGACGACACUGCUGAGAAUAAGAACUUUGUGACUUUUUAUCCCACCAAACUAACUGGAACAUUUUUUUGAAAUAUCGCUGGCCCAUUUUUGCGAUGCCAUGAAAAGGUGAUGUCAGUGGCUUACAAACGGCAAAGGGGAUUUUUCGUGUGAAAAUGGCUAAAGGCUCUGAGAGACUACCCGGUACCUCCACGAGGAUCAGAACGAGAGACGACGGCUGUUGCUCCGUUAAUUUUCUGAAAUAUGUUCUUCAUAUUUACAAUGUUGUGUUAUUUCUUUCUGGAUUGGUAGUCGGCGGAAUAGGAGUAUGGACAGUUAUCGCGAAGCACAGUUAUAUCUCGCUGAUGGCUACGUCAACGUAUCCAAUACUUGCGUAUGCUCUCAUUGUUGCUGGUGCACUCGCUGUGAUUGGUAGCUGGCUUGGGUGUGGAGGUGUUUCCUCGGAAAAUCGUUGUGUACUACUUGUGUACAUAUUUGUGGUAAUGGCGGUCUUAGGACUUGAAGCUGGUGUAGGUGUACUUGCUAGACUACACGAGGAACAAGUUGGUCCUGAGAUGAGAGAGACGCUGAAUCGUACUUUUCUUGAAUACUAUUCCGUGAGUUCACGGGAAACCGCAGCUAUCGACCAGAUGCAAAUUGAAUUCAAAUGCUGUGGGGCACGUAGAUUCGAGGAUUGGUUGGCGAGUGAGUGGUACAAGGAUGAACAAGUACAGCGUGAUGGAAGCCUUGUACCUGACAGUUGCUGCAAAACCCCAACACUACUGUGCGGCAGGCGAGAUCAUCCGUCUAAUAUUCAGUACACGGGUUGUAUAUACAAAUUUCUGGAGACUACUAAGGAGCAUUUAAUAAUACUGGGCGCUGUGGGGCUUGGGCUCUCCGUGCUCGAGGUCUUCGGCAUUAUCCUUGGCUCCUGCCUGUACAUCAAAUUAAGACACGACUUCGAUGACUGAGAGUUACUUUAUCACGAGGACAAUAAUAAUGGACAGACUUGGUGUCGAUAUGCGGAGCAUCGAAUAGUCUGAUAGGAGGCAGAAGCGUGACAAGAAGAUGCAUCCUUUGUUCACGCUUGAUAUCGGUCGAUAGGAAUAUGAACAUUUAAUUCGUUGCUGCAUUGUUCUCGUCGAAAUUCAAAGUGAAAUAAAACUAUAUUGGGAGAGAAUUUUAUAAAAGGGACAAGACAAUUUAUCAUCGAUAACAGAAUCUCAAAAGUGAAAAAUCAUGACUGUUGAAAAUAGUGCGAUACUGCCACCUACAAUAAUUGUAUCAAUACUGUAAAAAAAUUGUUUCGUAUAAGAUGAAAAAUUAUUCUAGUAUUUGUAAUACGAAAAAUAUUGUAUUUAGAUUACUGUAUGAACUGUCUCGUUAAUCGAGGUGACCAACGAAUUGCAAAUGAAUGAGAUAUGUAAAUUAUCUUUAGGUGUUGCACACCGUGAGAUUUGAUUUGCACUAAAUUUUAGGAAGAAAUAUGUCAAUUCCUUUGGUGCACGUGUUUUACGUAUGAAAAAAUUAUGUGGAGAAUUCUGUUGAAACUGAUAUCAUAAUAGUCGAGCUCAUAUGCGGUCAUAAAAUUGGAAAUUAAAACACAUCAAAUGCUCUGUUGGUAUUCUAUUGAGAUUCUGCUAAAAUCGCACUCAAUAGCGAAGCGGUAAAACGGUCCAAAUCGAUUUUGACUAUUGGCCGGUUUUUAAGAAAUAUCUCUAAAUCUAAG